GCAAGGUAGUCAUAAUAGUUUAGACUAUGUUCGUAUUAAAUAUUAAGUUGUCUUAUAAUUUUAUAAAUAAAAAUAAUAAUGAUGAAAGAAUAAUUAAUAUUCAUAAUUAAUUUAUAUGGAUGUGUCUCAUUUAAAGAAUAGCAAGGAGAUGACCCUAUCAGCAAAUGAUGAAGACUGGCAAAUAUUUGACAUCUUAUGUGGCUUGAAAAUGGAUUCUGAGGAUUCAAUGAGUAGCCGCGAAAUAAUAUCUACACUUAAAAGUGAGUUAGCUGCAUUACAAUUCAAAAGAGAUCGUUUGGUAUCAGAACUACAAGAUACCAAAGGACAACUGAAAUCAAGAGAUCAACGAACAGCUGAACUUGAAGCAGAAACAGAAAUGUUAAAAGAACAGCAAGUUAGACAAAAUUCAAUUAUAGCUAGCCUAAGAAAUAGAAUAAAGGAGUUAGAAGAUCAAGAAAGAUCAUUGAGCACUUCUUUAGGUAGAGUGGAAUUGUCUUCUGAAACAUUAUUGAGAGAAAAUCGGCAUAAUGCUGAAAAGUGUGCGGAAUUGGAACGUAAAAUAAAUAUAUUGGAAUUAAAUUGUACUCAAGCUGAAAAUGCAAGAGAUUCGGCUAGAAGAAGUAUGGCAGAUUUUGUCCAUAGAACUUCGUUGGCUAUAGGCUAUGAAUCAUUAUCUUCUGACUCACCAGCUGCUACAGAUGUAGUUAUAUCAAAAGUGUCUGAGCUACACCAAGAGUUGACUAGACUUCGACGAAAAAAUAUUAAUGCAAGUGAAAGUUUGAGUUCCGUAGAAAUGGAAUUAAGAAAAUGUCGAGAUGAUUUAGAAAGAGCGAUGAUGGAUAAAGAAAAUCUACAGAGGCAAGCCGCUGGAUACAUUCUCGAAAUCGAAAAGCUUAAACAAGAAAAGGAACAUUUAGAAAUGCAACAAAGAGUAAUGGAAAGGGAGUUGUCAGAAUUAAAAGAUAAACUUAUGGCUACUAAUAGAAGCUUGGGAAUAACUUCGAGUAGUUUGGCUAGUCAAGAAGCUACUAUUUCAUCGCUUCGAACCGAUUUGAGAGGACAUGACGAAAAAUGCCAAAAAUUGCAAUUUGAAAUGCAGAAUUUUUUAGAAUCAUUAGCGGUAUGUUUAUCUUCAGUAGAUGGAUACGUUCAAUCAACUGAAAAAGCAGUAAAGGAUGCAGUUAAAAGAAUCAUUAAUGAACUUUCAACUAAAAACACAUUACACGAAGAGGCCAAGGACAGAAUAAUUAAGCUAACAGAUCGUCUAGAACGUUCGCAGAUAGAUCAAGAUAAAGCGAUGUUAGAAAAUCGCGUAUUAGCCGAUGAAAAACGUAAUUUAGAAACACGGCUUAACAAUGUUGAAAGUGAACUUAAUGUAUGUGAAAUGUCAAAAGAACACUUACGUAAUGAUAAAACCAUUUUUGUUACAUUUCUCGAUAAAUUAUCGAGAGCAAUGCAUAUGGACCAAAUAGCUAAAGACGUUGGAGUUGACCUCCAUACGGAAUCUUUGUUAUUAAGAGCUGAACAAUUGGCUAAGCUCGAGUAUGACAAAAAUAUCGACAAGUUACUGCUUGGUUAUCCUUAUACAACAACGUUAGUCAGGCAUCGUUUGUAUAACGAUUUCCCUUACAGAGAAAGUGCUCUCGUUUACCAACUUCAGAGACGUGUGCGAACUUUAAGAGACCAAUUACAAAGACGUGAUCUUCAUUUGGAUUUGUUACGACGAAAAAUUAGCGUUCAAGAUGAAAGCACAAAAAUGCGUACUCUGUUGGAGAGUGAAAGAGACGAAGCCAAUUUACGAGCGAAAAAAUUGCAAAAGCAAUUGGACAAGGCUCAAUUACAACUGGCCGAAUCCAAAAGUCAAAUUAAAGAUUUGAAACUUCAACUUUCAGAUGCCGGAGAUUGCAAAUUAACUUCGUUAGAAAGAGCUAAGAAGAUUGAAGAUCUAGAAAAACGUCUAGUUGAAUCAGAAAUGAUAAGGAUGCGUUUUUCAAAAAAAGUUAUUGAAUUAAAAGAAAAAUUGAAAUCGUGUGCGGAAACUCAACACCAAGAUAAGACACUGAAUGAGCAUAGUAUACGUAUCUUACAAGACGAUCUAGCAUCUGUUAAGUUCCAACACGGCGAAUUAAAACGUCGGGAAAGUACUCUAGAAGAUUUUCGGCGAACUAUACUCAAUUUAUUAGGGUUGGAGACAUCUUCAACUGAUUAUGAAGUCACGUCGAAGAUUUCAAAACUAGUUGCCGCUCACAGAGAGUUUUUUAUUUUAUCUAAGCGGUACGAUGACCCUCUUCCAAUAUAUCCUCUUGUGCCGCCAUCCGAAUCUUCAGAUCCAACUGUGGACGACUUUGAAAUUUUGAACAAUCCAUAUAACAAGAGACAUUAAGAAAAAUUGAAACUUUUUACCUUUAACCCAUCUCCUAGUCAUAAUCUAAAUAAACUUCAUCUUCCUGUUAAGCUAUUUGAAUAUAAUUCAACCUUUUACAUUCGAUAUACACGCUUUUUCGUGACUCAUUUUGCAUUUAUUUAUAAUAGUAUCAGGUGCAAUCCAUUUAUAAGGUGUCAUUACACGUUAUUUAAACAUCGCGGUUAUUCUGUUACCAUUGGUAUUAGUUAUAGAAUACUUUAAGAAUAGGGUUCAUAGUGUGUCGUAUAAAGUUAUUGUUCAUUGUUUAAGCUCAAGUAUUCGCAUUAAUGUUACCAUUUUAUGCUAGUAAAAAAUAAAAGAACUAGCUAGUUCUUUGAUUUGUAUGCUAUUCAAAACAAACUAGAAACUACCAACAACCUUGAAAGUGAAAUGCUUGUUUUUUUUAUAAUUUUAAUAAAUAUAUCGCACGAUGUAUUUAAAAGUCAGUCGUAUAAAAGUCGCCACCGGAAUUAAUGGGCCAAAUAAAUAAAUAUAGUAAGCACUAUAUGUAAAAAUAAUUAAAAUAAUUUUUAAAAUAGAAAUUAAAAAAAAUUAUAAUAAGUUUUUUAAAAAAGCAACAUUGAUUAUUCAUUAUAACAUCGGAUUUUAUUAAUAUUUUAUGUAGAAUAUAUUUAUUAUGUAUUAUAUACAAUUUAUUUUAGUAAUUUAAAUACAUAUAUUACGAAUUA